CGUGGCUAUGAGAAGACUCGUGGUGCUCGUCUUGCUGGCCCUCUGCAGACCUUCGCAGCAACAUGACAACACCACCGAGCUCUACACCAACUCCUCUGACCACCACAAACCAGAAAAAGAUCCGUUGUUCCCGGAGGAUCUGUUCACCAUGGAGCAACGACGGAACGGAGCCGUCGUGUUCCAUAUUAUCGGGGUGAUCUACAUGUUCGUCGCACUAGCCGUGGUUUGUGACGAGUUCUUCGUCCCUUCCUUGGAUGUAGUCAUCGAGAAGCUCGACAUCGCCGAGGAUGUCGCCGGAGCCACAUUCAUGGCUGCGGGAGGCUCCGCCCCGGAACUGUUCACUUCGGUGAUCGGUGUAUUCGUCAGUUUCGACGACGUCGGUAUCGGUACUAUCGUCGGAUCCGCGGUUUUCAACAUCCUCUUUGUGAUCGGCAUGUGCGCUCUGUUUUCUCGUACGGUUCUCACACUCACGUGGUGGCCGCUUUUCCGUGAUUGCGCCUUCUACUCGGCCUCGCUUAUCAUCCUGAUCAUUUUCUUCCGUGACAACAACAUCUAUUGGUACGAGGCUGCGGUGUUGUUCUCCAUUUAUCUGAUGUACGUCAGCUUCAUGAAGUGGAACCAGCAGGUGGAGCGGUUCGUGAAGAAACACCUGUAUAAGAACAGGGUGACCAGAGUACGCAGCACGGACCAACUUAUGCCAUCGCACCAGGCGGCUGCCCACACACUGCAUGGAAACGCUGCCACCUCGAGUCAGACCAGCGUCGGGGGCGGCGGCUCAGCAGGAAGUGGAGUUCCCUCGGCCGGAAGAGGAAGUGCUAGCGGGGGAACCGGAAGUGGUGGUGCACCCGCACAGCCUUCAGGAAACAAAUUCAGACAUGGUCUGCUCCAACUUAUGAUCCACACCAUCGACCCCCUUCAUGAUGGCAAAGUGGACGAAAAGGCGACUCAGUUACACGCCAUAGCCUCGCUCAAGGUGCUGCUAGACGCCACCAAGCCUCACAACGGGGCUGCCUCAACCUCGGCAGCCAAUCAUGUCCAAUCUACCCUAGAGACUCAGUUAGCUCAACAGUCCGAGCCCAAUGGAGUUGCCCUGGGAGGCAUUGAACCUUUGGAUGAUGACGAGGAUGGCAAUGAGCCACUGGACAUGUCUUGGCCAGACACGGGGCGUAAAAGACUCACCUACAUGCUAGUGGCUCCCAUUAUAUUCCCUCUGUGGCUCACGCUGCCAGACACAAGGACACCUAAGGGCAAGAAAUGGUUUCCUAUCACAUUCCUCGGCAGCAUCGCUUGGAUCGCCGCCUACAGCUAUUUGAUGGUGUGGUGGGCCAAUGUAGCUGGGGACACCAUCCGUAUACCACCUGAGGUUAUGGGUCUGACGUUCCUUGCGGCCGGUACUUCCAUCCCCGACCUCAUCACCAGCGUGAUUGUCGCCAGGAAGGGGUUUGGCGACAUGGCAGUAUCGUCUUCGGUUGGCAGCAAUAUCUUUGAUGUCACAGUCGGGUUACCAGUGCCUUGGUUGCUGUAUGGAAUCAUCUACGGCAAGCCAGUGGAGGUCAACAGUGUGGGAAUGGUCUGUUCCAUUGCCAUUCUCUUCUUCAUGCUACUGUUCGUGAUCAUGUCCAUCGCUUGCUUCAACUGGAAGAUGAACAAGAGCCUCGGGUUCACCAUGUUUUUGCUCUACUUUGUGUUUGUGGCUGUCUCUCUACUGUUCGAGUACGGACAUCUCACGUGUCCGGUGUAAACGUCAUCGAACCGACCAAUCCGAACGAGUGCACGCACAAAUACAUGGGAAAUAACGCAACAUUUUCGUUCUAAUUUUAUAGAGUUUUAUUUAUUUUUUAGAAAUACAUAGAUGAUAUUGUUUGUAAGUUCACGUUGCAAUGUUCUAUUUUCACUAGUCAAAUAAUAAUGAUUGAGUAAUUACUUACAAGGAUACAUAAUUAGACAAAUGAAUCAUUUUUGGGUUUUCAUUACAAUUAAAGGUCUAGAAAUUUGUCAAUAUCUGAACAAAUAAGAGAUUGAUUAUUUGAAAGUAUAAAUCCUAAGCUAUUCAGUUCAGCUUUUAUAUCUAUCUCAUCCAUCCAGGUAUCUGAGAAAUUGAAUAAACCAGAUAUAUUUUUUUUUUAUGAAAAACCUGAUGCUGUUAAACCUCUUAGACAGAUUUGGCACUUCUGAGGACGUCCCUCCAAAAACAUUUGACUUUUAAAAGUAAAUUAAUAAAAACAACAUUUUUGCAUAAAUUGCUGCACCAAGUAAUUUUAAUCAUAUAUAUUUUUUAGUACCAAUACGUAGAUUUUAAAAUCCUAAUGAAGAUCAACUAAACAGAUCCGUCAAAAAUUUGUUUAAAAUUUUCAGAAAAAAGAACAUUGCAAAAAUAAUUUUAUAAUUGCAUUGUAGCUUGGUUUAUGUCUCGUAAACAGUACCUUUCCUAACAUUCAAGUAAAAGUUGUUAACCAUGUGGUCUAAAAUAAGAGCCUAAAUGCAUUUGUUAACAUUUUUCUAAGUUUGUUUUUAGUGUAAUUGCAUACGUUUACUAGAACUAGCUGUUUUGUAAAUUCUGUACAGUGUUAUAACGUAAGGUCUAACGCCAGAUGGUGUAACUUCACCGGGUUUUGGAUUGGCAAGGGUAAUUCUCUCGCCUGAGCAAUUAUGUCCCUUUAUUCGAUUAAAAAAACAAAAUUGUUGUCUUCACUCAACUAAAUCAAUUCCUUGUUUACACUUUUUUAAAUGUCUACAAAAAUAUUUUUCAGAGCUUCAAACGUCUUGAUUAUUGUAAAACUGAAUACGGCACGGUACUUUUUUAUUUUGAAUUUCUAAGCUCAACUUGUGAUCACUAUGAAAAGAAACUUCUCUCUUAUUUCUUGCCGAUCCUAAACACUCAGACUAUGAAGAUCAAUCGCUCCUCGAUAUGAACAGUUAAUUUGUAUAAGCAUCGACAAUACCUACGUUAACAGUGUAUAAUACACCAAGUAUCUUGGGGUCUUGAGCUAAGUCAAGUGAUUUUGUAGGGUAGUGUGUUAAGUUUGACAUUGGAAAAAGGAUUUUAUCAUUGAUUAUUGUUGAGAGUAUUGUUUUUAACUUUACUUGUUAAUGCAGUUGAACUAAGUUAACAUUAAUGUUUCAAACAAACUAAUCAUUUUCACUGGAGGUUUGCUGCUGCACAGUUAAAAUCUUCUGAAGUGUCCGUGGGAGAAAACGUCAAGAUGACCGCAAGACAAUGCAAUAUGCAAUGUUUUGGCACAGAAAACAGUCUGUGAUCUUGUCGUCAUCUCUAAAAACUUUGACAAAAAUAUUCACUGUUCAGUAGCAAGUUGUCAGUUUUGUGGUAAAGCGUCCUAGAGAAAGGCACUCACUUGCAGCUCCAGACCGGUCCAGCUUCUCUGCAUCCUUGGAUCAGUAUUCGCCUACAGCAAUACUCGAGAAAGGCUACUUGUAGGCUGUGAUCUCAGAGGAUAUCGCUGCUACUGUGUACUUCCAUAUCAAUGUUGUUAAACUGUUAAUAUUGCUUUGUUUAUUUUUACAUAUAGAGUGAUCUAGUUAAGUGUAUAGCGGGACUUGUCGCCAAGGCAUAAGCAAUAAUAUUUUGUUUCGAAUCUCCGGCCGAACGUUCGCUUGAAUCCAUUUACCGGACAAUAUUCAGCGGCCGGUUUGUCAAAGUGGACGUUUUUUUAUUUGCGGAAUAGCUUAGAUCGUAGGUGUUAUAGGAUAGGUAUUUUAUACUGCGACAAUUACUAUUUGUAAGUGUUACCGAUUGAAUAUUUGUUCUGGUGGGUAGAAGACACUGUCAAGCGCGUUCAGAAUCGGGGUAGAGUAUGUUUUGUAAAUUUUAACCUUUUAUCUUAUUUUUAUAAUUCUCAAAUGGUUUAUGAGCAAGAGUAUAUUUUUGUGUCGUUUUAUUUCUUUCACUGUCAAAUUUAAGGUCGAUGAGAAAACACAUACAUUUUUCAUCAAAUUAUAACAUUUAAUAGGAGUUCUCCUCUUGCUUUUUUUAUCACAGCAACUUAAACCUAAUCCAACAAACACAUACCAAACUUGACUUGUAGUAAUUGAGAAUGAAAAUACUAAUUUGUCAGCCAUAUGGGAUUAAAAUAGUUACCAAUAUUCUCGCCAAAUUAUUCCACUUUUGCGAUGUUUUACACCCUUUGGAAAAUUAUUUCAUCAGGAAAUUUGUUUUGAAGUAUUUAAUUUUAAGUAGGAAGGAGCGGCUGUUGGUUAAAAAAUUACUGGAAAGGUUGACUGUGUCUUAUACUUCGUUGGUGCUCUUGGUUGAGUGUUGUUAUAGUUUAAUGUGACAUCCAUGCACAAAAUGUGUUAUUGUUUCAAUGGCUUUUGUUUUUAGUGUUAACCAACUUUAGGUGUCCAAAUUGUUGUGGUUAGAUAGAAGCCGAUAAAUAAAAGCCAAAAUAGCUCACACAAAAUGUACUGGAGUGGUGUUUCCCAUUGGUAUAUUAUUUUGUAUCAAUAAAGUGUAAAAUUAUUUUUUCAAUCGGGGUUUCUCUGUAAAUGUACCAUAUGCGUUUGUUUAAGAAAUGCAUUCAACAAUAAGUUGAAAUAUGCUGUAUUAGUAUUAUGAUUAUUUCUUAAUUAAUUAUAAUGGUAGGUAUCUCAUUAAAUUUACUCAGUGAAAUGUAUUUCUAUACAGUAUUCAAAUGGUAAUGUAUAAUAAGUGUUAAUCACUUGCUAAACAAUUAAAAAAUUUUAAGGUUACAUCACAAAAUUACCUUAGUUAAAUCAUUCUUAUUCAUAAUUAAAAUCGUAUGUACCGUUUACGUCGAGUUCCAAAUUUAACGCCUGAGUUCAAAUGUUAACGUCUAAUUUUAUCAAAAACUAAAGCCUCUGCAGUAUUUCAUCUGGUGAGAUAUAACGCAUUUUGUGCGAGCUUUCUAAACCGGCUUAAUUCAUAAAUGCUAAAAGUGCCUAGAAUUAAUAUUAUUACCCGAGGUCUGUGUAUGUUUUAUUCUGCUUUUAGUGAUAGUUUCGGCCACACAUUUGUGAUAGACCAGCUUUGCUGGCCCUGCGAUGGGAAAGCGUUGUUCCGACAUUGCAAGCUCUGGCAACCCCCCCCCCCCUCCCCCCCACAAAUAUGACAAAUUGGUUGCUAUGAUGGAAGAAAGAGAGAUUAUGCAUUUAAAUUGAACAGUACUUGGCCCGUGGUAGUUGCGCUGCAUACAAACGCACAAAAAAAAAGUCGCAGUUACUCUUAAAAUCAGCAAAUCUUGUUUUACUCUUUCGUUAAAGACUCUGACACUUUUAGACUGAACGAAUCACCUUUGUGGGAAAUAAAAUGUCCACUCAACUUUUUCAUUGUUUAUAGAACCAAUUCCGAGCGAAUUCAUACAAUUUUGAAGGGUAUGGACUACUUUCCCUUGUAAGCAUUUGUGUUUCCUGUAUUGAAAGUCACUGACUUACAUUACCAAAACGUCAGGGCUACGCAUAAAAUAAAUUUAGUUUAUUUAAGAUUUUUUAUUUUUACGAGCUACAAAAUGUCGGAUCAACGCAUCACCCUACCCUGCACUUGGCACUGUAUAUACUAGAUUACUGUACACUCUAUGUGCAGAGAGCAGUUUUACAACUAAAUUGAUUGAAAACUAUUUAUAUAUGAGUGAGUUUAAAGAUCAUUUAGAACACUAAACUCCUGUUUGAUUCAGAGUCAGUUAAAAGUGAUUGAAAAAGAUUGCCAUCUGUAUAUGGAGUUUGCAGUAUUUCUUCACUUUUCAUUCAUUCAUUCAUCGCAAUAGCAAUUUCACUACAAUGUCUUCUUUUGGAUCAAAAUUGUAAUGAUCCUUGAACCUUACCAUUUUAUAUUGGAACUUUUUUAUUGCACAAAACUUAUUAUGUGGUUUGAGUGAAAUUCAAUAAAUUAAAGAAAAUUGUUGUGUUUAAAGUUUAAUCCAGAAAAAACUGAAUUAUAUGAGUAUGUCUACUUAUAAAAAAAUAUUUAAAACACAUAAAGUCUAAAUGGUUUUAUCAAAACUUUUCUA